AUGUGCAGCAACCCCACCGCUAAUGAGCAAAUAUACCCGUCUCAAGCAGCCGGCGAUGCUCCAUUCUCGGUAACAGAGGAGAAGCUCCGCGCCGCCAUCCACGUACCGGACGACUUUGAGUACGGACGAAACGGAAAGAUACCAGUUGUGCUCGUCUCAGGCAUAGCAGUCCUAGCGGGAAUGACCUACUAUUAUAAUUUCCGAAAACUGGGCAACGAAACCGCCGUCGACGUGGUCAACGCCGAGUACGUCGCCUACUCGAUCAACUACAUCGCCACACAGACCGGCAAAUCCGUUGCCGUGAUCUCCUGGUCGCAGGGCGGCCUCGACACACAAUGGGCACUGAAUACUGGCUCUCGACGUGACCCGUCGUCCAAGACUUCAUCGCCAUCGGCCCCGACUUCCACGGUUCCGAACCGUAUACGUCCCUUGCUCUGCCUCACGCUCGGUCUGCCUGCCUGCACCCCAUCCGUCUGGCAAAAAAACUACACGUCAACAUUCAUCGAGACCUUCCGCAACGACGACGGCGACUCCGCCUACGUGCCGACAACCACGAUCUACUCAACCCCUGACGAGAUCGUUCAGCCGCAGUCCGGGCCCAACGCGUCGGUUCGACUCCACGAUGUGCGGGGCGCCGGCGUCACGAACGCACACCUCCAAAGCGUCCGUACAGGCCAGCCAGCCGACGGGUUUUAUUCGCAUGAAGGUGUUCUGUAUAACCCCCUUGCAUGGGCGCUGGCUGUUGACGCCAUCGUGCAUGCGGGACCCGCCAGCAUCGCGCGGGUCGAUCGCAGCGUGUGCGAGCAAGUGUUGCCGCCGACAUUGGAUCUGACGGAUCUGUUUAGGACGGAGGGCUUUUUGUUCAUCGCGGUCGCGGAGUUGCUAGCAUACGAGCCACAUAUGACGGCGGAGCCAGCCGUUGCGGGCUACGCGUCUGCUUCAUCUGCUUGA